AUGGGACUUGGCGGCUUCAACCCAACCCGCACAAAGGUACAACUAAAACUCGGCAUCAACCGCCUUAAGCUCCUGCAACAAAAGAAAACCCAGCUCAACGCCGUCGCCCGCAAAGAAAUAGCCUCCCUCCUCGAAAAGGGCAAAGAGGACUCGGCGAGGGUUAGAGUGGAACAUAUCAUUCGCGAGGACUUUAAUAUUGAGGCGAUGGAGAUUUUGGAGCUUUAUAGUGAAUUGUUGUUGGCGAGAUAUGGGUUGUUGGAGAGUAUGAAACACUGCGACCAAGCGAUAGCGGAGGCAGUCAACACAAUCAUUUACGCGGCGCCACGAAUCGACGUCAAAGAACUCAACAUGGUCCGGGACCAGCUGAUCAUGAAGUUCGGCAAAGAGUUUGCGGUCGCUGCCAUGGAGAACCAGAACGAUGUCGUCAAUUCACGGAUUGUGCACAAAUUAAAAGUGCAAACCCCCGACCCCGUCCUCGUCGACCAAUACCUCAAAACCAUCGCAAAAGCGUACGACGUGCCCUAUGAGGCCGGCAUCGGGAUGGACAACGUGCUAGAAACAAUCCCCACAGGCCCCACCGGCUCCGGCUUCGGCUUCAGCUCCAUCCCCUACACCUACCCGCAACAACAGUUUCCCACCCAAUUCCCCGCCCAACUACAGCAACAACAACAACAACAACAACAAUCACCCUACCCACCAAACGUUAACGCGCAUGUGGUUCCAACCGCACCAGCGGAUAGCGGUUCCUCCCCCGACUUCCCCGGCGUGCCGGGCGGGUUCGGCGGGGAUGAGAAGGGCGGGAGUGGGCCGGGGGAUGUGGACACGUUGCCGAAUUUCGAUGAUUUGACGAGACGAUUCGAGGCAUUGAAGAAAAAGAAGUGA